AUGCAGGCGUGCUCGCUGCCGCCGCCGCCGCGCCCCCGUCCCCCUCUCCCCGGUGCCCGUCCUCUUUCCACCGUCGCCGAAUCCGGACGAGACCGGCAGGAUCCGCCGCAUCUCACGCCCGCGGCCCGCCGUGGUUUUCGGCGGCAUCGGGGGCGCCGGUCCGCCCCCGCUCCUCCGGGGCUGGCAGAACGGCGGAGCGGCGCUCUGGUCAGGUUCCUCUGCUUCGAGGGCGGCGCGUGGGCUGAUGUCGAGGGCGAGGCGGCUGUGCCUCUGCGCCGGGCGUUCCUGGACGGGAGGGUGGUCGCAGAGGCCGCGUAUGGCGGCAGGGAGUUCCUGUUCGACUUCCUGUGGAUGGUGCGCAUCGACGCUGGCACCGCCGAGGUGGUCGCCAUGGGCUGGAUUGACCGCGGGGCCUGCUUCUUCCCUGUGCCAGAAAGCGGGAGGAAGAGGAAGAGGGGCGAGCAUGAGCUGGGGGACGGGGCGUCGUCUGAGGUGGAUGAG